AUGAACGUGCGUACUAAAGGGAUCGGAUUCAUACAGAUCCUCGAUACAUCUGGACCUCAUAAGACGCGAUGCUUGCAAAAGCUAGAAAAAACAAUCGGUCAGCUGGAUUGGAAAGGAUUCAACAACAUUGUCGGUCUACUUUCGAGAGGGACAAUCGUCAGUUCGGCUUACGAGCCGUCCAUUCAGGCGUUGAUACGAAUUAUUGAUGUACUUGAUGAGCCUGUCUACUGCGUGGAAUCGCUGAAGAAUGCGGACAUUUCGCAGGCGGAUCAUCCCCUGAAUAAUUUAGCUACGAUGUUGUCGCAAUACAGCACGAAAACGUUCUCCAAAGAUCGCUAUCAAUGGACGAAAUGUGUGCUACAGUAUCUUUGUGAAGCAAUUGAUGUGUCAGUAGUACAGCAAAUGAUCGUAUUGUUAGCUGAGAUGCUCGAGACAGACAACUGCGAGAUCGAUGCAUGUAUACGUGCUGCACAUGCUGUACCUGCUGUUGUUGAGAAGAGACUCUGUUACGUCGCCGUUUGGUAA